AUGGACCCAUCCUGCACUUCCGAGAGUAUUUAUAACCUCAUACCCAGUGACUUGAAGGAGCCGCCCCAGAAUCCUAGGUAUACGUCACUGUUUAGAGCAAGUAUAAAAGAUGAUAUGAAGAAAAUCAAAACUGCUAUGAAAACCAUGGGGCCUGCAAAAGUAGAGGUACCUUCCCCAAAGGAUUUUCUGAAGAAACAUUCCAAGGAAAAACCACUACCACCUAAAAAAAAGUUUAAUAGGUGCUCUCCCAAGAAGCCUGCAGUGCCCUUGAGGACUGAUCAUCCAGUCAUGGGAAUACAGAGUGGAAAAAACUUCAUAAACACAAAUGCAGCUGACGUCAUCAUGGGCGUGGCCAAAAAGCCCAAGCCGAUUUAUGUUGACAAAAGAACUGGAGAUAAGCAUGAUCUUGAAACUUCAGGACUAUUCCCCAAGUACAUCAACAAAAAGGAUUACGGCAUCACUCCGGAGUACAUAUGCAAGCGGAAUGAAGACGUGAAGAGAGCACAAGAAGAGUACGACAAUUACAUCCAGGAGAACCUUAAGAAAGCAGCCAUGAAGAGACUCUCUGACGAAGAAAGGGAGGCGGUUCUGCAGGGCCUAAAGAAGAACUGGGAAGAGGUGCACAAAGAGUUCCAGUCCCUCUCGGUCUUCAUCGACUCCAUACCGAAGAAGAUCCGCAAGCAGAAGCUGGAGAAGGAGAUGAAGCAGCUGGAGCACGACAUCAGCAUCAUCGAGAAGCACAAGAUCAUCUACAUCGCUAACAAGUGAGCGGCUGGCGCAGUCCAGAAACCCCCGCACGGACCCCAGGCUCAGCCCGCCUUCCCAAAGAAGACUCAGAAGACAAUAAAGCUUUCACCGAAAACGUAGGCAGUGUUGAAAGAAUAGUUGAAUUAUUUGCUUGUUCUAGAGAAAAAUUUCUCCUCCAUU